AUGGCGUCGCUUGAGCACUUCGCAGACGUCCUCCUUACGAAUUCUGUCUACAUCGCUGGAGCAGCAUUUGUCUGCUUAGUGAUUCUAUUGGUAUCAUGGGCAUAUAGCACAGAUAUAAAGCACAUCAAGGGUAUACCAGAAAUCCCAGGUGCACUUCCCGUCUUCGGCCAUCUCUUGAAACUCGGAGAAGAUCACGCUUCUUCCUGCGAAAAGUGGUGGCGCCAGUACAACCAGCCUGUCUUCCAAAUCAAGCUGGGAAACACUCGAGCUGUGGUUUUCAAUUCUUUUGAUGCUUGCCGUGAUAUCUUGGUCAAGCAUCACAACGCUGUGAUAGAUCGACCUAAGCUUUAUACAUUCCAUGGAGUCAUCAGCAGUACUCAGGGCUUUACGAUUGGUAGCAGUCCCUGGGAUUCGAGUUGCAAGAACAAGCGCAAGGCAGCUGGAACCGCUCUUUCAAGACCAGCAAUGCGCAACUACCAUCCGAUGUUUGAUCUGGAGAGUUUUUGCAUUAUUCGCGACAUGCACAAGGACAGCAAUUUCUCUGAUCCCAACAAGGAGAUAAGCAUCAGGCCUUACAUACAGCGAUAUGCUCUUAACACGACUCUGACCCUGUGCUACGGAAUCCGCAUGGAUGACACAUAUGACGAGCUUCUUCGUGAGAUCUUGCAUGUUGGUUCCGCCAUAUCCCUUCUGCGCAGUGCGUCAGAGAACAUGCAAGAUUAUGUCCCGGCACUUCGUUACUUGCCGAACAACGAGAAGAAUGCUCGCUCCCAAGAUCUGCGAUCUCGUCGAGAUGCUUAUCUCAAUCUCUUGCUGGACAAAGUACGAGAGAUGAUCAAGAAUGGCACCGACAAGCCAUGCAUCAGUGCCGCAAUUCUGAAAGACGAAGAGACCAAACUCACUGGAGUCGAAGUCUCGUCAAUCUGUCUGUCGUUGGUCAGUGGCGGAUUCGAAACUAUUCCCGGAACCUUGACCUCAUGUCUUGGAUCACUUUGCACGCCAGAAGGACAAAUCUUCCAAGAGCGAGCCUAUGCCGACAUAAAGCGUUACUAUCCAGAUAUUCGCGAUGCCUGGCAGAACAGUUUCCAAGAAGAAAAGGUCCCAUACUUGAAAGCGAUUAUCCAGGAAGCUGGUCGUUAUUACACUGUAAGCUCGAUGAGUUUACCUCGCCGUACAGUGACCGAGGUCAACUGGAAUGGCGCCAUCAUCCCUCCUAAGACCAUGAUUCUCGUGAACGCACAAGCUGGCAAUCACGAUACUGACCAUUUUGGAUCUGAUGCAGCAGUCUUCAAUCCUGAGCGCUGGCUUGAGCCCAUCACCAAAGAAAAUGAUAUGGGUCCUUUCGAGGAACGUGUUCUUACGUCGCAAGCUCACCUGUCUUUUGGUGCUGGCACUCGAGCUUGCAGUGGGCAAUUGAUUGCCACACGUUUGCUGUAUUCAGCUCUCAUUCGCAUUUUGUCUUCGUACAAGAUCGUUGCUUCUGAGUCUGAGCCUCCUAACACAGAUUAUGUGGACUACAACCAAUUCAAGACUGCAUUGGUUGCAAUCCCGCGUGAUUUCAAGGUUAGGCUCAUCCCUCGUGAUAGACCGACCAUGGAAGAAUGUAUGCAGUCGGCGUAUGAGCGGACAAAAGAGCAUUACAAGGAAAACAUCAAGUCUGUGUAG